UCCCCGGAGAUCAGGUGGCAGAAGGUGGUGGCUCAGGAGGGUCUGGUGUCAAGGGUGGCAUUUGUGGCCCUGCGACACCUCUGGGGCUGGGGAGGACAAGAGGAGGAUGGCCGUGGUGCACACGGCUUGUGGCAGGUCUGAGUCAAAACACCUAAAGCCGACCCCGGCUGGUCAUGCGGAGAGCUGCCCAGUCAUCGCCUUAUGCCGGCCUGGGUCACCCAAGCAGGCUGGGUGCGGCCCAGUCAGCUCUGACUCAGGCCCCAGCAGCCUUGCCACGCAGCCUGAGCAGGGGCAUCGGGCACACAGGGACACCCCCUCCCCACACUUCAGCCCUGCGACUUCCCUUGGAAGCUACCCUGAAGCCCCCCUACCUUACCCUAACCACGCACAAGCCGGGGUCAGGUACCUAGGUGGGGCAUGGAUAGCAGGAUUGGGGAGGGGGGUUCUCUCUGCACCUGCUGUCCCCAGCAUUGAGCUUGGGGGUGGGGUAGAAGUGGGGGGAGCCUGGGGCCACCCAGCUCAGGACGGGAAGUCUGGCUGGGGGUGGGGUGGGGGGCGGGGUGAGGAGAAGGCUCUCCAGAGAGGACUCAGCCGGAGAGGGAAGAAGAGGGGGCCUGGCCCCGAAGACUGCGAAGACUGUGGUGUUGCCUCUCUGAGCCCCACUGGACAUCGUUGGAGACUGCACAGGGGCGUGUGUGGGCCUGGAUCACAGCCACAGCCACGGCUCCAGUAUAUAAAUCCGGCAAAUUCCCCAUUUGAGCAUGAACCUCUGAAAACGGCCGGCUUGUGAGGUCUCCGUCCAGGCCCCUUGGAGCACAGCCCAUAAUGAAGGUCUUGGCGGCAGGAGUCGUACCCCUGCUGCUGGUUCUGCACUGGAAACCUGGGGCGGGAAGCCCCCUUCCCAUCACCCCCGUUAAUGCCACCUGCAACACGCACCAUCCGUGCCCCAGCAACCUCAUGAGCCAGAUCAGGAACCAACUGGCACAGCUCAAUAGCAGUGCCAACGCCCUCUUUAUUCUCUAUUACACAGCCCAAGGGGAGCCUUUCCCCAACAACCUAGACAAGCUGUGCAGCCCCAACGUGACCGACUUUCCACCCUUCCAUGCCAAUGGCACGGAGAAGGUCCGGCUGGUGGAUCUGUACCGCAUCACCGCCUACCUGGGCACCUCCUUGGGUAACAUCACACGGGACCAGAAGACCCUCAACCCCACGGCACUCAGCCUCCACAGCAAGCUCAACGCCACGGCAGACAUCCUGCGUGGCCUGCUAAGCAACGUGAUGUGCCGCCUGUGCAACAAGUACCAUGUGGCACACGUGGACGUGGCCUAUGGCCCAGACACCUCAGGCAAGGACGUGUUCCAGAAGAAGAAGUUAGGGUGUCAACUACUGGGAAAGUACAAGCAAGUCAUUGGUGUGUUGGCACAGGCCUUCUAGGCAGUGGGUUGCUGAACUGA